AAAGUGAUGCCAUCAGCACAUGGACAAAAUAAUUUCAUCAUGGAAAAGCAGAAGUCAAUGAAUAGUGUUGCUUCAACACAGUUGGGUGGAGAAUCAAGUACCUUUAUCUGCACUGAGUGUGGUGAUGGGUUCAGUCAGUACUCUAAUGUGUUGGCCCACAUGGCCAUUCAUGGACCUUUGGAGUCAUUUUCCUUUGAUGGCUCAUCCAAUGGAUUUGAAGUCCCUCGAGAAUACGUGCUACAAGAAAAUGGCACACUGACAGUUGUAAAUGGUUUUGCGCAGUCACAUUCUUCUGUGAAACCAGUAUCUCCUGGUGUCCUGCCAUCGCAUUUCCCAUCCCCUAUCAAGCCAGUGUCUCCAUCUCUAAGGCCACACUCUUCUCCUUAUAGAGAUGUCUUCAGGCCAAGGCCAUCAGACUUCAACUUGGACAAGUCUCGUCAGGGUCAUUACCGUUGUGAAAUAUGUAGCAGAUCAUUUAACAGCCUCCAGAGUUUACAUCGUCACCAGCAGUAUCGAAACACAGAGCGAGGUUACAAGUGUACUUUGUGCUGUAAGAUCUUUGAAGGUAGGCAGGAACUUAAGAAACACCUGCAAGACCAUGCACAUGAACGGUUUCACUGCUGUGGUCAUUGUGGUAAGCGAUUCCUUAAAGUAGAUGCAUUGAAUGCUCAUCAAAAAGAAAAUCACCUCUCUCCCAAGGCUACAGCAUUGGGUAAAUCUGAGAAUCAGGAAAGGAAGUUUGAGAAAACAUAUCCUUGUAGGAAGUGCAAGUUACAUUUUUUUUGGAUGUCAGAUUUUCAGACACAUUCAGCGCACCAUUGCAAAGGUAAAGAGGCUGAUGCUACUUUUGCAUCUGAAAUCGAAAUUGAACUUACCUCUAAGAAUAUAGAUGACACAUCGCCAGAAAACUGUCACAGCAAUGGUACACCUAUCGAUGUUAAGAAUGGGGAUAUCUUUAUGGAUACUAGCAGUGAGAUUGAUAAUGAAUACUCUUUCACACCAUACAGAUGUGGUUUAUGUGGGGAUCGUUUCCAAAAGUUAACAGCUCUGAAGGAGCAUCAUCUCACUCAUCAAACUCAGGAGGAAAUAGAUCAGCUUAAUCAAGAAGCACAAAGAACAAUUAAGCGAAGAAUACCACCUAAAGGCAGACGUAGAAGAGGGGGUAAUCCAAAUGGCAAACUGCAUCCUUGCAAGCACUGUCAUCGUGUCUUUAAUCAUUCUAGUAGUCUGUCACGGCACAUGAGAUACCAUAAGGGUACCAUGCACACAUGUGUAUUUUGUGGUAGACAUUUUCCUCAGCGCUGUGAUGUGAGGAGGCAUCUAGCCAUGUACCACAAAGCUGAAUUGGAAAAGAAACCAGGUUUGAAACACUUAUAUACAGCUCCCCAAAAUGGGCCUGCCCCCAAUUCUCUUAAUGGUGAGAAAAACAAGAGUUCUGGUGACGAGAAAAACAAGAGCUCAUCUGACAAUGAACAAACAUCACCAGAACAGGAUCAAAAGGGGAAACAGUCAGGGAAAGCAGGCCGUGUUAAUUAUAAGUGUCAGGAAUGUGGAAAGAGAUUUGGGCUAUUGUGUGUCUACCAACGGCACUUGCGCUAUCACAAAAAGGAACCAAGUAAGUGCCCCCGGUGUCCAGCUCAAUUCAGGAAUUCCUCAUCCCUUGAGCUUCACCUUCAAAAUCACCCAAGCACUGGAGAAGCAGAUGAUGUGGAACAAACAUCUCAUGGCACUGGCACCAGUGGGGACCCUAUCUUAGGAAAGGGUAAUGCAGAGGACAUAGAGGAUGACUAUAUGGACCAUACUCAAAAUGAUAAAGGAAAUUCUUCAGAGGUUCUUUAUGAAUGCACCGAGUGCACAGAGACAUUCUCAUGCUUGGAGACGUUUCUUCAGCACCAGACUUCUCAUGGCUCAGAAAACAACGGGUAACUAUGUCAGACCCAUUGGUCAUUGUUAUUGCCAAGAAUCAAGGUCUCAGGAGUUGAGUGUUUUGACUCCUUUGAAUGCAAAUAUUUGACUGUGUAGAUUAUGAAUGGAUGUAAAAUUUGCCAAGAUUAUUUUAUGUAACUGCUCUUAUACACUUUUUCUUUGGCAUGAGGAGAGAAAUGUUUAUUGGAGAAUUUCAGAAGUCUGUGGGGGAAAAGGAAGUAGGCUCGUAAGAAUAUUAAAUGACUUGGAAUUAAUCUCAAAAUUUUAAAAAAUGUACACAACUACUACAUCUGACAUGAAUACAACUUAUGUCUAAACCUAGUAUUCUCCCACAGGCAAUGGGUGUAGUUAACUUGAAAGUCGCAUUAAUUGGCUAUAGCAAGAUUAUAAAUUGCUUCUCUUUGUGUUUUUAGAGUACCGUCAUCAUAUUGUUGCAUUUUUCAUCAAGUUUUACUUGCAAAUAUAUGUGAUUGAUGUUUUCUUUUUGUCAUGUGUAUAACAUUGUAACAUCUGUUUGAAACAAUAGCUUUGUCACAGAGUAGAAUUUUAACUGUGCCAUUAAAAUUGUAGAGGAAAAAGCUUUAUGUGCAAUAAAUUUUGUUGUUACUCCC